UUUUUCAAAAAAUUUCGAUUUUUAAAAUAUUCCUUGAGUUGGUCAUUCCUUGAGUUGGUCGUUCCUUGGCCUGUCUUUUCCUUGACUUGUCUGUUCCUUGAGUUGGUAUGUUCCUUGAGUUGGUCGUUCCUUGACUUGUCUUUUCCUUGACCUGUCGUUCCUUGACUUGUCGUUCCUUGACUUGUCCGUUCCUUGAGUUAGCCCGACACGGAACUUAUGUAGGUGCAUAAAUAAAAGUAUGUACAAUUUACGGAAAAUAUGACGGAAUGCAGAGUGGCGAAUUUUAUAAUAGGUGAAAAUUCUGAAUUAAUCAUGCAGGUUCAUGCGGAUAUUGGGGUGAAUUUCACGACUUGUUGGCGGAAGUUCAUGAAGGAAGUUAGUGUGUUUACAUUCAUUUUUAGUGUUAUUGUUAUAAUGAUUGAAGAAAAUUGGUAUGAAUCUAUUCGGGGCUUUUUAGUUGACAUCACAGGUGUCUUAUACAAUAGCGGUGGAAUUGCCAUUGAUGGAUCUAUUUUAGCUGUUAACAGACUUUAUAGUGAGUCCAAUGUGCGUUUUGUAAGUAAUGAAAGUUCAUCAACGAGGGAAGGAAUUUGUACAAUGCUUCGUAAACUUGGGUUUGAAUCUAUUCAACCUGAUCAUAUUUUUACUCCUGCACCAGUUGCUGCAAAGUAUGUAACCAAACAUGGGUUGUCACCUCAUCUUCUUGUUCACAACAACGUUUUGUCCGAAUUCUCUAAUUGCAUUAAUUCUCCCAAUGGCCGCCCUUGUGUUGUACUUGCUGAUGCAGAGUCAGAUUUGGAUUUCAUAAAUAUGAACAAAGCAUUCCGUGUUUUACAUUCCUCUUCAAAUCCACUUUUGAUUACGUUGGGUAAUGGGAAGUUUUACCACCGUGCAGACCAAGGACCAUGUUUGGACACGGGUGCUUAUGCUUCAGCAUUAAAAUUUGCCGUUGAGGAUGCUGGAAGGUGUUGUGAGCAUCUUGUGAUUGGAAAACCAGAAGAAACUUACUUUAUGUCUGCAGUUGAUGAUCUUGGCUUGACAAAAGAACAGGUUGUAAUGAUUGGUGAUGACAUUUCUGGAGAUGUUGAUGGAGCACAAAAAGUUGGAAUCAAGGGGAUACAAGUUCGGACUGGGAAAUGGAGGCCGGAAUGGGAAAAACAUCCUACAAUCAAACCUGAACUUAUUGUUGAUAAUCUUUUGGAAGCUGUCGCACUUAUCUUGGAUAGUCAGCAAAGAAUUAAGAAUUAA